UGUACUGGUAGUGCUUCCGUGUGAACGUCCAAUCAGAUCCUGUCGUGACUUUUGUUAUGGCUGUGUUUGUUUGGAGCGGCUUUAUAACGAAGCAGCAGUAAAAUGUCGAGCCGAGCGCUGAGGAGACUGAAAGGGAAACAGCGGGGACAAGAGGACAUCAACAUCCAGGACCUGAAGCUGGGCGCUGGAGAAGGAAAAGGAGCAGAAUUAGUGGAGGAGGAAGAAGAGGAAGAGGAGGAGGAGGAGGUUAUACAGCCGGCCAACAGCAGCCACAAAGCCAAGAAAAUAAGGAGCAAAAAUCAGAAUAAUAUCAACAACAUUUAUGAACUGAUUGGUGAAGCAGCUGAUACCGACGGCAACAAAACCCAGAGUGACGAGGAGAGAGUCUCGGUACCAGUAAAGCAAGAAAAGUCUGACUCCAAUGAAAAGACAAGCAAUAAGAAAAAGAAGAGGAAGAAGAAGAGGAAAAAGGCAGCUGCUGCAGACGCACCGGAGGAGCCAGAUAAAGGUGACGACAUCGACGCUUUACUAAAGACCAUAGAGAAGGAGAACAGUUUGUCAGUUCAGACUGAGGAUGGUGGAGUUUCAGGACACAGACCUGUGCUGUAUGUUGAACACAGGAAUCUGAACCCUGAGACUGAAUUAAAGAGAUAUUUUGGAGCUCGGGCUGUGCUCGGAGAACAAAGACCCAGGCAGAGACAGAGGCAGUUUCAUCGCAGCACAUGGAUGACUUCCCCUAAAGACACGUGGGCUCGCUUUAGUCGACCAGGUAUUUCCAUGGGUCUGCUGGAGUCCACAGGCGGCCUCCAGUUCUUUGCGUUCGAGCACAGCCGCGAUUACCAGCAAGUCCAGUUCAAGUUCCUCGAUGCUGUGGAGUCUAUGGAUCCUAACAACAUUGUGGCACUGUUACAGCUGAACCCCUACCACAUCGACUCCCUGCUGCAACUCUCUGACGUGUGUCGCAUUCAGGAGGACCAGGAGAUGGCCAGAGACCUGAUCGAGAGGGCUUUGUACAGCUUUGAGUGUGUGUUCCACCCCAUGUUCAGCCUCACCUCAGGGACCAGCAGGUUGGAUUACCGAAGAACAGAGAACAGAGCGUUCUAUCUGGCGGUUUAUAAGCACAUGAUGUUCCUGGAGAAAAGAGGAUGUCCACGCACCUCUCUGGAGUACUGCAAACUUAUCCUGAGUCUGGACCCGGAUAACGAUCCUCUGUGCAUGCUGCUGCUGAUCGAUUUCCUGUGUCUGCGCUGUCGGGAAUACAGCUUCCUCAUCCGACUGUAUGACGAGUGGGAGGCACAUCGGAACCUGUCCCUGCUGCCUAACUUUGCCUUCUCUGUAGCUCUGGCUUGCUAUCAUGUGAGUCAGCAAGAGGAGACGACACCCGAGGAUAGCCAAAGCAUGAAGAUCAGAUCCGACACACUGCUUCAGAAUGCGCUUAUCUUCUUUCCUGGAGUGCUGAUGCCUUUGUUGGAUCAUUGCUCGGUCCAGCCCGAUGCUGCCGUGUCGUCUCACGCGUACUUUGGUCCCAAAAGUCGCUUGGGGCAGCUGCCUGCUCUGUUGGAGCUCAUGGGUCUGUACGUGGGUCGCUGUCACAGCCUGUGGAAGGAGGCAGGAGUGAUGCUGUGGAUGGAGGGAAACGUUCGGGAGGUGUUGAGGAGGGUCGAUGAGAAGGACCCGCUGGUGGACGAUGCCCAGAACAAGAGGAAGCAGAGAUACCAGAGCGCUCCCAGGAACAUUCACAGACACGUACUUCUUUCUGAGAUUAAGGAAGCCACAUCUGCACUGCCUCUGGAAGUGACCACACAGCCAGUGAUGAGUUAUGAUCCACUUCCUCCUCUGGAUUCUGUCGCCUCUUACACCAGGCCAGAAAGGUCGAAUCCGAGAGCCUCGAACGUGAGCACUUUGUCGCUGUUGGUCCGCUCCUUGUUGCCCAACUUCAACCUGCAGGGUGGACAGAGACCUGAGGAAGACCUGGAAGUGGCACGUGCUGGUCAAGACCUGAACCAGGAAGUUAACCGACUGAUGGUAGCCAUGAGGGACAUGCUGGCAAACAUCCAGUUCCAGGAUCCGCCGAGGGACGACAACCAAGACCGAGACGAGGAGGAGUGGAACUGAGAUCGGGAACUAGACCCAAAGAGGAGAAAAUUAUGACAAGACAAGAGGACAGACCAAAAGUUAUCGACCCUUAAUUAUGCCGAAUCAUCCAGACUCUAUGAUUAUAUUUGAUAUUGACAUAUGCUUUUAUCCAGAGCGACUUAACGGUGUUAAUCUCAGCAUAAUGCUAUGCAGCCACGGCUUAAGGGUUUUCCUCACGGACCUAACACUGGUUUCUAGAUUUCAACAAUCAGAUCAGAUAUCAGAUACUUUACCUAUUAAAAUUCAGAGCAGAUCCAAGUCAUUAAUCAGUCCAUAAAAUAUCCGACUCAUGAAUAAGACUUGUAUUAAAAAAGUUAGUGAUAAAUUCUCUCAAUCUUUUUAUCGAUUAAAAGACUUUUGCCUGGG